GCCUAUUGAAAGUCAGAGAAGCCUGCUGAGUUCCAAAACAGUUUGACUUUGACUAACUUAGCUGAAACAUUGCAGCACUUAAUUUCCUGGCUAGGUGCAACAGAAUCAGCUGAAAAAUUCAACAAACGUCUAGUGAGAGACCAAUUUAAAGAGACCAAAUUAAGAUGGCGGACGUUGAGUCGGGUCCCACGAGUCAUAGCAUACUUACAGUAAAGCCAUGGUACAUGAAAGUACUGGAUUGGUGCAGAUUAAAUCUGUUACUUGUACUUACUGUGCUAGGUGUGUUGCUCGGAAUCAUACUUGGUUUGUCGAUACGUGCAGCAGAUCCAUCAGAUAGAGCCAUUAUGUUGAUUGGUUUCCCUGGAGCACUCUUGAUGACAAUGUUAAAGAUGCUGAUCCUACCGCUCAUCAUCUCUAGUUUGAUUUCUGGACUCGGAAGUUUAGAUGCAAAAUCAAGUGGCAAAAUGGGUAGCCGUGCCUUAGCCUAUUACUUUCUAACCACCAUUAUGGCAGCCAUUUUGGGUAUCAUACUAGUUGUGGUUAUUCACCCCGGCAACCCAGAUCUUAAGGAGGAUUUAGAAGACGAGGAACAACCUAAAGUGGAUCCACUGGAUGCAUUCCUUGACUUAAUCAGAAAUUUCUUUCCUUCCAACAUUGUACAAGCUUGCUUUCAACAGGUUAAAACAGUGUACAAGCUUAGAAAUAUAACAGAAGAUCAAAUAGUCAACAAAACAAUAAAUGCAACUGAGAUUGCAAAUCUCACAGAAAAUGAACAAAAAGGAGUUUACUAUGUGGAAUCUAUGGAAGGCGAAAAUAUUUCAUAUGUACAAGAAACAGUUAAAGUUGUGGUUGGGCAAGAAGACUAUGGUGAGGUACUGUGGGUUGAUGGUAUGAAUGUACUUGGUAUUAUUAUUUUCACUAUCUGGUUUGGCAUUAUCAUGACCAAAACUGGUAAGAAAGCUCAGAUCAUGAUGGACUUCUUCUUUGCAUUGAAUGAAAUCAUUAUGAAGAUGGUGUUAAUGGUCAUGUGGUAUUCUCCAGUUGGUAUCAUGAGCUUAAUUGCUGCUAAGCUGUUAGAAAUGGAUGACUUAGCUGGAGUCUUAUCACAGCUUGGAUUAUAUAUGUUAACUGUACUAGUAGGAUUAUUCAUUCAUGGAUUAGUUGUUCUGCCAUUAUUAUUUUUCGCCAUUACCCGGAGAAAUCCUUACACAUACCUCGUCAAUAUGUUAUGGGCUUUGAUAACAGCUCUUGGUACUGCGUCAAGUGCUGGAACUUUACCUGUAACAUUCAGUUGUCUAGAGGAAAUAAAUAAAGUUGACAAAAGGGUGACUCGUUUUGUGAUACCUAUUGGGGCCACUGUGAACAUGGACGGUACUGCAUUGUAUGAAGCAGUGGCCGCCAUCUUUAUUGCGCAAAUGAAUGGGAUGGAACUGAGUGCUGGACAAAUUGUGACUAUCAGUUUAACUGCCACUUUAGCCAGUGUAGGUGCUGCCAGUAUUCCUAGUGCUGGGUUAGUUACUAUGUUUAUAGUGUUGCAGGCUGCUGGUCUACCAGCUGAAGAUGUCACUUUACUGUGGACUGUUGAUUGGCUUCUAGAUCGAUUCCGUACCUCCAUUAAUGUGUUGGGAGAUUCAUAUGGAGCGGGUAUUGUCGAGCAUUUAUCCAGAGAUGAGUUGAAGAAAGCUGAUGCACUGGACGCUGAAAUGAAUGCUGGGAAACAUGUAGAUGAAAUGACGAAUGAGAUUGGAGAUGCCGAAGAAAUGCAGAAAUUGAACCCCAGCGGGAGCAAGGCCAAUUCGCAAGAUAAGUUGAAUGACACGAAGGCCAAGGACACUGAAUCAGUUAUAUAAAAUGGUAAUGCACACCAUGUGUGAAUAUGGAAUAUGUGAAUGUUUUCACUCACUACAUCAUGUAGUACUCGAUAAUUGCAUAGUAGCGUGGCUGACUUUGGAAUGGUAUUUAUAGUCAGAAAGAAUAUUGUAGCAAUAAUGCCAGAGGUUGGAAGUCAUAGUGACAUGGUCA